AUGGCUCGCCCCAUGGGGUCGGUCCGCCUCAAGAAGGCCAAUCCCUCGACGCUGAUCCUGGGCGCCGUGCUCUGCAUCUUCAUCAUCAUCUUCCUCGUCUCGCCCUCGAGUCCCGCCUCCGCCUCCCGCCUGUCCAUUGUCUCGGCCCAGCAUCACCUAUCGCCCCCUACCUCGCCGUACCAGAGCCCGCGGUCGGGCGCCGUCCAGGGUCCGCCGCCCGUCACGCGAUACAACCUCAACAAGGUCACCGUCACGUCCGACCCCGUCCGGAACCAGGAGCACAUCCUGAUCCUCACGCCCAUGGCCCGGUUCUACCAGGAGUACUGGGAUAACCUGCUGCGCUUGAACUACCCCCACGAGCUCAUCACCCUGGGCUUCAUCCUGCCCAAGACGAAGGAGGGCAACCAGGCGACAUCGAUGUUGCAGAAGCAGAUCCAAAAGACGCAAAACUAUGGCCCGGAGAAGGACCGCUUCAAGAGCAUCAUCAUUCUGCGCCAGGAUUUUGACCCUGCCGUUGUAUCGCAGGACGAGAGCGAGCGGCACAAGCUGGCCAACCAGAAAGCACGACGAGAGGUCAUGGCCAAGGCUCGCAACUCGCUGCUCUUUACGACGCUGGGCCCGUCCACCUCGUGGGUGCUGUGGCUCGACGCCGACAUUACCGAGACUGCUCCCACACUGAUUCAGGAUCUCGCUUCCCACGACAAGCCCAUCAUCGUUGCCAACUGCUUCCAAAAGUACUACGACCCCGAGAGCAAGAAGAUGGCCGAGCGGCCGUACGACUUCAACAGCUGGCAGGACAGCGAGACUGCGCUCAAGAUGGCGGAGCAGAUGGGGCCAGAUGACAUCCUGCUCGAGGGCUACGCAGAAAUGGCCACCUACAGAACCCUGCUUGCGUACAUGAGCACGCCCGGCGGCUCCAAGGAUCUGGUGGUGCCCCUCGACGGCGUCGGUGGCACCGCGUUGCUGGUCAAGGCCGACGUCCACCGCGAUGGAGCCAUGUUCCCUCCCUUUGCCUUUUACCAUUUGAUUGAGAGCGAGGGCUUUGCCAAGAUGGCUAAGCGGUUAGGAUGGCAGCCAUACGGGCUUCCCAACUACAAAGUCUAUCAUUAUAAUGAAUAA